CCUUCCCUCCAGACAUGGCUUCUCGUCGCGGACGGUUUCGCACCAAACUCUGCCGCAACUUCGCCCUCGGACACUGUCCUCAGGGUGAUGCGUGCAACUAUGUGCACGCCUCCCCGGAUACCAUACAGAACGAUCCCAACAUUCAUGGAAUGCUCGACGGCGGAAGCCUAAUGGGACACGGACCACGACCGCCAUUAGCCUCCGCCGCUUCUCCGGUUUGGUCGACGCUCUCCCCAGUGACGAACAGUUCGGAUCACCCGAACUACCAGCUGGGCCCAACUCCGUUCGCCGGAACGGCGCCUGAUUCGCGCAUCAAGUACAGACCUUUGUCAUGGCGCACGGCGUUGUGCAGGCAUUUUGUGAAGAAUAAGGGUUGGUGCCCCGUCGGGGACAACUGCAACUAUAUCCACGAUCUCGCGCUAGCCAGCUUCGCCCGGGACGACGUGCGAAACAACGCCCGCCGCGCCUCAGGACAUGGCGGGAGGAGACCGAACGGCAAGGGCAAGGCGGGCACCAAGCACAGCCAUUGCUGGGCUUACGUCCAAGGCUUGUGCCAUGUGCAAGACUGCCAGUACCUGCACCCGGUAGCGGUACACUUGUUCUCCCAGCAUACGCCGUGUCUUUCGUGGCCGAACUGCAGAAGGGGGCCGCUUUGUCCGUACAAGCACCCGGAGCCCUACAUCUCCGACUCUCCUCCGGCGUCGCCAGCUCCGGCGGCCGCGGCUUCACGACCUCCGCCGGCGGGGGCGCAGUCCGACGUUCCCCGCGGCGCGAUUCCCUACAACGGAAUGCUCUACUUCAACGCACAGUCGCCGGUGCAGCAGCGUCCGCCCCAGCCACAACAGCAACAACAGCAGCACCAAUACCAACAGCAACACCGGCAGCUGCCGGCGCUCACCAUACCGAAUAUGCCCUCUCAGCCCCCGAUGAUGAUGAGUUCCCCCUGGCAGGGAUGGGCGAUGCCAUAUCCACCGACGCCCAUGACGUAUGUGCCCAUGAUAGCUCAGCAUCCAUGGCAGGUCCAGGACACCAGUCCCCGGUGGCCCGGGAACAGCGCGACAGCGCCCAUCCGGCCCCCCACCCUUCCUCGCUUCGCGGGCCCCGUCUUCAGCAUGAACACGAACCCCUUCGACGUGAUCCCGAGCCCGUCUUCCCCGGUGUCCAGCUCGCCCAACUACACGUACGAGCCCAUCCCCGAGCACUCGCGCGGCCACUCGCUGCCCAUCCCGGAUAGCGAGCUGCCGUAUAUCCCGCAGAAGCGCGAGCAGCAGGCCGGGCAUGCGCGCCGCGUGAGCGUCACGAUCAAGGGCAAGGAGGACCUCGACGCGCUCGGGCUCGACAGCACCUCGCGCGGGAGGCAGGCGUGGCAGACGCAUGGGGAUCGUCUCGGACGCAGGAGCUGGGCUCCAUCGUCGUCAUCAAUGCAUGGCGUGCCGAGCACGGGCACGCCCCCCGCUCUUCUCUAUGGCAUGUGAGCGCGCGCGCUCGACGUCGUCUUGCAUCUCAUUCUCAGCAUCGCUCAAUCUCUGGACUCCUGUGCACACCCACAACGCAUCUCUCUUGCUUGCAUCUUCUCCUUUCAUUCCUGCCCGGAUACUAUACCAUGCUUCCCCUUCCUGCCACGCAAACACGGACCCGCAGUAUAAUCCCUACUCUUCCAUCCCCUUCUCGGCAUGCUGAUCCCCCAAUACCUUCC